UAUACAUAUAUUCCUUUUUAGCUGUCUCGAAGACAAUCAAACUUCAAACCACGUCGCUACUCUUCAAUCUUGUGCUCCCAUAACUGCGCGCGUCGCACAAAUCUGCAUAAUCGCAAUUCAAAAAAUGGUUCUAUGCGAUCGAUGGCGGCAAAGUCAGAUUCAUCUAACAAGGGCAAUGAUAUAAACAAGACUACCCUAACGAACAUACUGCCAGUGGCUUUGAUACAGUCUAAAUCUGCGACCACUUCCACAAAAAUCAUGUUGAUUCCGCUUAACUUGUUUGACGGUGACGAUGAUGCCAGCAAAAACACCAUGAAGACUUUAUCUAUUAUUCGAGAACAUGCUAGACAAAUUGAAGCUUUUUCCGAAAAUGUAUUGGGCACAGCAGAAUCAACACAUUAUGGCGUGCCAUUGGCAAGUAAUAACGCUGAAACAUUGCUGGAUCAAUGUUCUGGGCAAGACGAUGUUACUUUAUGGACUCAUGACGAGGAAAUGUCCAAUUCACAUGCAUUACAACAUUGUGAAGAGACGAUCAAGAGCAAGCAUAUAUCGCUUUACGAAAAACUUGAGCGUGCCAUGGCCGAACAAGAACGUAAUCGUAUCGGAACGCAUGACUGUUACACUCUCUCUACAGCUAAAAAGGAAUAUAUGUAUAUGCGUACAUAUGUAUUCAGCACAGUGGCAGUGGCGCUAAAAGUGUGUGCUAGUUGUUAA